AUGGACGACAUUGACAGUGACGAUAUCCCCUCAUCGACUUUGGGAGCAACUCCCAGUGAGCUGGGGGACUAUGAGCCCGCAUCUUUGCCCGAUGAUCUCAAUCGGGGCACCGAGACGCCUACUGGCACUCCUUCAGCAACUCCCACAGGCACACCUGCUCCUGGAGCGUCAAAGAAGAGCUCCUCCAAGGCUGGAGUCAACUCUUUGACCAAGUCCGGGGCUCUCAAGCAGAAACCUGGUCCGAAGCCCGGAGGAGGGAAGGUCAAGAGCUCUUCUGGAGGCUCAGCGAAAGCUGCUGUCAACCCGGGUCUCAAGCAGACCACCUUCUCCAUGGUGACACCCAUCAACCAGAAAAACUACUACACCGAGUAUCUGAAGCGCGACGACCAGAUAUACGUCUACCGGCAGGUGCAGGAGGAGACCAAGAAGGCCAAGGCCGGAUCGGCGGCUGUAUCUAACAACAUCAAGGGUACACCUUCGGCAGCAGCAACGCCGGAUCCCGAUGGAACAGAUGGAAAGGAGGAGAACCAGACGAUUGUGAUUCAUCCAGGAUCGCGCAACUUGCGGAUUGGAUUUGGAGUGGAUCCGUAUCCCAAGACAGUCAAGAUGGUGAUUGCGAGAAGACAACAUGAAACCAAGAAGGUGAAGCAGGAAGAAGGAGCAGAACAAGAGGACGUGGAUAUGGCCGAUGACAGCGACCCGAUCAUCGCCGCCAUCAAGACGGUUAAAAAGGAUCUCAAGGAGCGAAUGAAGUUCUACAAAUGUCGAAUCCAGCCGGGAUCGACAGAUCUAACCACCAACUACAACACCAAAAACACGCAACCGGAAGAGAUUCCUGAACACAACGACCCCUCCAAGGUGGACUGGACAGACACCUCGGACAAAAAGGAAUACUAUGUGGGCGAGUCGGCACUGAGAGUCAAGGACUCCAAUUACGCAUUGCGAUGGCCCAUCAUUCAUGGCUGCUUCAACGAGACGAAAAUGUACUCGUCACCCCAGGAGGUGCUAGGAGACAUGGCUAUUAUCCUGGUGGAGGCUCUCGAAGCGGAACUGGGUGUAAAAUUCACAGACUACAAGAAUUACAAUGUUGUUCUGUUGAUUCCAGACCUCUACGACAAGACCUACGUUUCUUCGCUGGUCGACUUGUUGCUUCACAAGAUGGAUUUCCCCCGUGUAGCUCUUCUCCAGGAAGGAAUGGGAGCCACAUUUGGAGCUGGAAUCUCCACUUCCUGUGUGAUUGAUGUCGGUGCCCAGAAAACAUCCAUCUGCUGUGUUGAAGAUGGUAUGGUUGUUCCUGAUUCUCGGGUAAACCUGAAAUAUGGAGGAGAUGACGUGACCAACGCUUUCCUCAAGCUGCUCCAGAACAUUUCAUUCCCCUACAACGUCGAUCCCAACGAUACCAACGACAUGUUGUUAAUGGAGGAGCUCAAAACACAGUAUGCUACGGCAGACGAGGCAUCUAUCGGAGUCUCUACCGGUCAAUUGAUUCGUCCACGACAAAACAAGCUGACUCAAAAGUACACUUUCAAAUUUUACGACGAGGGCAUGCUUGCACCCUUGGGUCUGUUCUAUCCUGAGCUGUUCGAGCCACUGAACACCAUGUACAAGGAGUUUUUCCGAGACCGACAUCGUCUGUUCCCCCGAAAUAUGGAUGUUUACGAGUCCAACAAGGAGGACAAUCCCGUUUCUGGCGCUCAAACUGCUCUUCUCAUCAAGCAGGGAUUGAUCGAGGCACCUGAAGAGCCCGUGGAAGGAGAGGCAGUAGUUGAGAAGGAGAUUGUGGACGACGUGGAACAGCCGUAUCUGUUUCUCACCGGACUGGAUCAUGCUGUUAUCCAGUCUAUCAAAAGUGCUGCUGUUUCGGAUCCCUCUAGACCCGGCAAGAUGUACGAGAACAUCAUUAUUAUUGGAGGAGGCGCCCAGUUGGCUGGGUUCGAGACUCUGUUGGUGGACCGACUUGGAAUCUGGCGGUCUAUGGCUCGUAACGACGGUGAGGACGACGGUGUUUCUGAUGAGGCCAUCGCGGUCAUGCCUCCUCCUCGAGACAUGGAUCCUCAGAUUCUGACCUGGAAGGGAGGCGCCGUCUUUUCGCGACUCAAGGUUGUCGAAGAAAUGUACAUUACCCAGAAGGAGUGGGAUUUGUUGGGUCCUCGAAGUAUUCAUUACCGAACCAUGUUUGCUUACUGA